ACGUAAACAUCGUCACUACGUGCGUGGUUUUUUCGGACGCCGUAAACGUUCUCAUCAAACUUUUUCAACGCACCCAAACGAUGGCAGAGACCGCGCCCGCUCCUGCAGUCCCCACUGCCAAAGCGCCCAAAAAGAAAUCCUCAGCAAAGGCGAGAAAGUCCGGCCCGAGUGUUUCAGAUCUCAUCGUUAAAGCCGUGGCUGCGUCUCACGAGCGCAAAGGGAUGUCCCUGGCCGCGCUGAAAAAGGCGCUCGCGGGCGGAGGAUACGACGUCGAGAAGAACAACUCUCGCGUCAAGCUUGCGCUCAAAUCGCUCGUUAAGAAAGGCUCGCUCGUGCAGACCAAGGGCACCGGAGCGUCUGGUUCGUUCAAAGUAAGCAAAGGCGGUGCGGUGACGAAGCCAGCCAAGAAGCCUGUAGUCAAAGCCAAGAAGCCUGCUCCGAAAAAAACAGCCACUAAAGCGGCCAAGCCUAAAAAAUCACCGGCCAAAAAGCCGGCUGCUAAGAAGGCGCCUAAGAAAGUGAAGAAACCGGCAGCUGCCGCGGCCAAAAAGGCUGUUAAGAGCCCGAAAAAGGCGAAGAAACCCGCGGCGAAGAAAGUGAGCAAGAGCCCGAGUAAGAAGGUGAAAGCAGCGAAGCCUAAAGCAGCCAAACCCAAAGUGUCCAAGGCAAAGAAGACAUCUGCCAAGAAGAAGUAAGAGACCCCACCAUGCUCUCAACUCCUAAACGACUUUUUAAAGAGACACGGGGCUUUCACAAAAUGGACUGAGCAUGCGCAGAGCUACAAGAGAAGGAUGUGUUUUAGAGACUUGUAAAGAAUCACCAGAGAGAUUACAAAGAGCCAUGCUUCACAAAAAAAAAAAAAAAUUUGGUUUGUGGAGAUCUUUGUUUAUAUAAAUGUUUCAUUCUUAUCUAUAUAUUAGAAACGUUUGACAAAAUACUUUUUAUAUUACUUAUAUGUGUAAAUAGAGGUUUUGUUCCUAUUUGGCUUUUUUAUCGCAUAAACUGUGAUGGAAUAUUUGAAUGAAAAUUUUGCUAUUGAUUGAGUGGAAUCUGAAAACACGACACACUCUCACUACCUCUCUGCACACCAUGCACUAAUCCGAGUCUUUCUGCAGCCUCCCAUUUAUUUUCCGAGCCGCUUAGACCACAGGCCUGGGGAAACCAAACAAGCAAGUUUUGCCCUACUCUCCAUAUAUAUAGGUCUGUGUGCAUUUUAUUUUCAUGUCUCUCUUUUUAAAUAUAAAUCCUGAAUUCAGUUUCCUGUACAGAACAAAUAUGGUAAUUUAUUAUUAUUACUUUGUGUGUUUAAAGAUUACUGCUUUCUUGUAGAUUGUGAUAUGACAUCUCUCCCUGCCCUUUCUUUUUUAUUGAAACUUUAAAUCAUUUGUUUAAAAAAACAAAACACUUUUAAUACACAAACUUGCAAUAAAACUCAAAGUAAAUCCA